GGACACACGAAUUAUUCCUUUCCCGGUCUUAACCGAAGCAUCUCCCAGCCAUCACAGGAUUCUCUGGGCCGAAUGCUGCAUGUGAUGUCCCUGUAAAAGGAGGUGGACACGAGAAUUAUUCCUUUUCCCGGUCUUGACCGAAACAUCCACGAGCUCUAUUUACCCGGAUACCCCCCUCACUCCGGGACGGGUGACAGACUAUCCUGGCUCUUGCUGGCCCCGUACAGGCACGAAUUGCUGACGACUCCACGCCUUCCCGGCGUCCGAGGUCUGGCUCCGUUCUGGUCGGGAGACACGGAAGGAACACUGAACUUUUAAAUUGCUUUUAACCAAAUAAAACCUUGUUCAUUUUUUUAUACUCUCGUCCGUCUGGUUCUUCUGGUACGCUCCCCGAGGUGAUCCUGGGUUUCAGGGGUGGGUGCAGUCCAGCUUGGCCCCCCCGACCUGUGACAGAUUUGGCGUAGUCGGCAGGAUUUCACCUCGGGUUGAGCGACCAGGGAUUCUCAGAUGGCCGACGACGAGGCACUGGGGGCCCCACCCCGAGUCAUGCCAGUGUUCAUGGGAAACCCCUGGGUCCAGAAAUAUGGAGGAAAUGAGUCAGAGGUGCGCCUCUCCGAAUGGCGGGCUCAGAUCGAAUAUCUGGCCGGGCUACAGGGACUGAGCGCGACCCAACAGCUACAGUUUGCCCUCAACUCCCUUGACGGGGAAGCGCGGCGGGAAGUCCAAGCCGCCCCCGAAGCUGUCCGAACCACCGCCCAGUCUGUGUUCAGAUUCCUGACGGAAAGGUAUGGUGACGCCACUCCAACUGCGGUUCUCCGGGCCCAGUUCUUCAGCAGCAAGCAGGGCCCCCGCCAAUCCGUCAGAGCUUUCGCCCUCCAACUAUGGGAGCGAGUUACCAGGCUGCAGGGACGCCCAGACCAUGGUCUCGGAGAUAGCGAGACUCUGUUGAGGGACCAAUUCCUGUUGGGGCUAAGGGAAGGCCCGGUACGCCAGGGACUUAGAGUCCAAUUCAGAAGGGAGCCGGAACUCACCUUCGAAGACCUAAAGAAGGAAGCGGUGGCAUUGGAGAACGAUCAGGUUGAGGUGCAAGAACCCCCUGUGUGUGCGGCCGUAAGUAGCUCCGCAGUGGCUGUCCCCGACAUGGCAGAGUGGAAACAGACUCUGAAGCUCGAACUCCUAAAGGAUGUCCGGGAGCAGAUGGCGGAGCUAACCAAGACGCUCGUGGACGAGCUGCGUUCUGGGGCUACCAGGCCAGAGGUGAGGCCCAUCUCGCGGGACCGGGUGUACUCGGACGGGAACAGGGACGCAGGGAGGCGACCUAACUGGCCCAACCGGCCCCAGUUUGAAUGGGACGAGCAAGGACGACCUAUCUGCAACCGCUGUGGCCAACCAGGCCAUUACAGCCGACAGUGUGGUCCUCGAAGAGGUUCGGAGGGGGGUUUUUAGGUCGACCGGCCACAGUGGGUCGUGUGGUCGGGACCCCCUUAGAUGACCCACCCAUCGGAGCAGGCUCCAAGGACAGGCUGGUCGGGCAUAGCCCAGUGGUGGAGGUCCAGGUGUGUGGUGUGAAGGUGCCCUGUCUCGUCGACACCGGAUCCCAGGUGACCCUAUUCGCGGAGAGCCUGUCGCAAGAGCUGUUUGGAGA